CGGAAAAAUAAGUUUUGAGAAUUUAUGUUAUUUAUCCUAAAAUAUUAACCAAUCCACCUUUGCGUCGAUCUUUUUCUUUUGUUUGUAGAACUCAUCAUCAUCAUCCAAAGAAGAUAGAACCUAGAAUAUAAAUACUAAUAAUCAUCUCUCAUAACUCCAAGCCCCCUUCUCUCUCUCUCUCUCUCUCUCUCUCUCUCUCUCUGCGGCAGAGUUGUACCUUUAAGUAAUCUGCUGCUCUUCUUGCUAGUAUAAUUGUUCAAUUUUAUCUCUAAAUUGUUUUCUGAAGGGGGAUCGAGAGGAAAAACGGGGGAGAAUGUGGGGAUUUGGGGGCAGAUUCUACUGGGGGGAGAGAAAAGAAGAAGAAAGAAGAAGAGGACCAAACAAAGGAAUAGUGGUUGUAUUCGCUUGGAUGUCAAGUCAAGAUAAGCAUUUGAAGAACUAUGUUGACCUUUACUCCUCUCUCGGUUGGGAUUCCCUUGUCUGCCAUUCGCAAUUUCUCAAUCUGUUCUUCCCUGAUAAGGCUGCAACAUUGGCACUGGAUCUUCUAAAUGAGCUUGUUAAGGAGCUAAAGAAAAGGCCAUGCCCAGUUGUCUUUGCAUCUUUCUCUGGUGGCCCCAAAGCUUGCAUGUAUAAAGUUUUGCAGAUAAUCGACUCAAACUCAAAGUGUGAACCUCAUAGAAAUCUGGAUGAAUAUCGUCUUGUGAGAGACUGUCUCUCUGGACACAUAUUUGAUUCUUGUCCAGUCGAUUUCACAAGUGAUUUGGGCACCCGAUUUGUUCUUCACCCAAGCAUUCUCAAACUCUCUCAUCCUCCCAUAAUAGCAACAUGGAUUGCAAAUGAAUAUUGGCAGACUUUAUACUCAACCAUAGGAAACGGAGCACCAUAUCUAAUACUUUGCUCAGAAAACGACGAUCUCGCCCCCUACCAAAUCAUCUCCAACUUUUCUCAACGAUUACAAAGUCUCGGUGGCGAUGUCAAAUUCGUAAAAUGGAGUAGCUCCCCUCAUGUAGGUCACUAUCGAUACCAUCCAGAUGAGUACAAGGAGGGUGUGACCGAGCUCCUAACAAAAGCCGUACUCGUAUACUCGCGAAGAACCGAACGGGUCGGUGGGGCCCACAACAGUACAACCUCGGAACCGUUGCACCAUUUAAGGGAAGCGGUUUUGAGCUCGAACCAAUACCAGAACCUCCAUAGAGUGACACUUGAUUUGAAUGACCACUUUGUGGUGCCAGGUGGCUCAGUUGAGUACCAUGAAGGUAGAGAUGUGGGGUCCGUUCAUGACGAACCGAAAGAACGGUUUAUCCCACGGUCGGCCCCGCCUAUGAUUAAUGCUCAUGGGAUUCUUGGUCAAAUCUUGUUUGAUGUUUGUGUUCCAAAGAAUGUGGAGGAUUGGGAUUUAAAGUUGUCAUCAUCUUCAUCUUCAUCUUCAUUUGCUACAUUUGGUUCGGGUAGGAGACAUUCACACUUUAAUCCUAUGAAAUGCAUCCGAAGAUCGAGACUGUAGACGUGUUUGGUGGUUUGAAUAAUAAGGUUUUUAACAUGAAAUGUAUAUAAUAGAUAUAAGUUGCAUGUUGGGGAGUUUUGUAGACUGACUAUUUACAAUAAAGAAGCAAGUUUUGAUGACUACUUGGUACUUGCGCAUUGUUAUUGUUGUGUGAGUGGUGUCACAUGAUGCCAUCGUUUUAUAUUUUCUUCUUAAAAAAGUGUUUUGAGACGUGGUUGUUGAGAUUAAGUUUCUGGAAUGAUUUAUAAGUCAUUUGAAUAAAUGAUGGGGUUAAAUUUCUUUCAUUUGCAUUCUUGUUAAUGAAUAGUAAUUAUCUUAUAGCAUGAUGUG